CUCUCCCUCUCUCUCUCUCUCGCUCUUGCUCUCGUCCCCUCUGCCGGCUGCAUGAAAGGCAGCUCAACUACACGAGAGUGCGAGACUGAGUGAGAGACCCAGCAGGGCAGCACGCUGAAAACAGAGAGGGAGAGCGAGAGAGAGAGAGAGAGAGAGAGAGGGGGAGAGAGAGAGAACAGGGAAGGGAGAGAGAGAGAGAGAAGGGGGGAGAGAAAGCAGGGACAGCAGUCAGAGGAAAACACAAAGAGAAGGGAAGUGAAGUGGAGCAGGGGAGGGGGGCUGGGGAGUUAAACAGAGGGUGAAAAGGAGAGAGAGACAUAGAGAGAGAGAGGCGAGGGAGAGGGAAAGACAAAAGAGAGAGAGGGAGAGAGAGAGAGAGGGGGAAAGAGAGAGAGGACAGCAAGAGCGGGGCGUGCAGGGGGACAAGGGAAAUGGCCACUGAGGAGUCGGCUGGAGGAGCUCGCAAAGCCACCAAGAGCAAACUGUUUGAGUUCCUCGUCCAUGGAGUGCGUCCUGGCAUGCCAUCUGGAGCACGGAUGCCCCACCAGGGGGCGCCGAUGGGACCUCCGGGCCCUCCAUACGGGGGCAGCCCCGCCGUGCGCCCCGGACUGCCCAGCCCGGGGAUGGAGCCCAGCCGAAAGCGGCCCGCUGCCUCUCAGCAGGUCCAGCAGCAGCCUGCCGUGCAGAACAGGACCAGGAAGAAGCCAGUGGGAUUCCCCGGAGCCAAUGAGAUGCCAGCGAGGCAGAUGGACAUGAGAGAUGCCCAAUCAGAUCCCACGCUCGGAUCAAACGCCAAGAGGAGGAAAAUGGCUGACAAGAUCCUUCCACAAAGGAUCCGGGAGCUGGUGCCUGAGUCCCAGGCUUAUAUGGACCUGCUGGCCUUUGAACGCAAACUGGAUCAAACCAUCAUGCGCAAAAGGGUGGAUAUUCAGGAGGCCCUGAAGAGACCCAUGAAGCAAAAGAGAAAGCUGCGACUUUACAUCUCAAACACCUUUAACCCCGCCAAGCCUGAUGCCGAGGAUUCCGACGGGAGCAUUGCAUCAUGGGAGCUGAGGGUGGAGGGCAAGCUGCUAGAUGACCCUGGGAAACAGAAGAGGAAGUUCUCAUCGUUCUUUAAAAGCCUGGUCAUUGAGCUGGACAAAGACCUGUAUGGCCCAGACAACCACCUGGUGGAGCUAAUGGGCAGCCAUGCACAGUUGAGAAUGUGGCAUCGCACUCCCACCACCCAGGAGACGGACGGCUUCCAGGUGAAGAGGCCGGGGGACGUGAGCGUACGCUGCACCCUGCUGCUGAUGCUGGACUACCAGCCUCCCCAGUUUAAACUAGACCCGCGGCUGGCUCGUCUGCUGGGCAUCCACACGCAGACCCGGUCCUGCAUCAUCCAGGCCCUCUGGCAGUAUGUGAAGACCAACAAGCUCCAGGACUCCCACGAUAAGGAGUACAUCAACUGUGACAAGUACUUCCAGCAGAUAUUUGACUGCCCUCGGCUCAAGUUCUCAGAGAUUCCUCAGCGCCUCACCAAUCUGCUGCUGCCCCCUGACCCCAUAGUCAUCAACCACGUCAUCAGUGUGGACCCUAAUGACCAGAAGAAGACGGCGUGUUACGAUAUUGAUGUUGAGGUGGAGGACCCCCUGAAAGCUCAGAUGAGCAGCUUCCUCCUCUCCACAGCUAAUCAGCAGGAGAUCGCCUCCCUGGACAACAAGAUCCAUGAGACCAUUGAGUCCAUCAACCAGCUGAAGAUCCAGAGGGACUUCAUGCUCAGUUUCUCCAGGGACCCCAAAGGCUACAUCCAGGACUGGCUCAAGUCCCAGAGCAGAGACCUUAAGCUGAUGACUGAUGUUGUGGGUAACCCGGAAGAGGAGAGGAGGGCAGAGUUCUACCAGGAGCCCUGGACACAGGAGGCUGUUAGCCGCUAUUUCUACUCAAAGAUUCAACAGCGGAGACAGGAGCUGGAACAGGCACUGGCCUUGAGGAACACCUAAGCCUGACCCUCAACCCCCCACCUUUCACCUUUCACCUUUCACCCCUCCCCCUUGCCAUACACAGGCCUCCCUCAUGUUUGCCAUCUGUUUCCUCUGCUGCCUGGAUCUGUUGUCUGAUGUUCUAACGUGUGUGGGAGGGAACAUUACCAGCUGGUGCAUACACCUGCGAUCACCUUUGACCGGUGCCCACACAAGGCCUGCCUGCCUGUUGUAACUGUUGCCACAGCAGGCCUGCCAGAGAACACUGCAUCCGUUUCCUCCCAACCCCUAACCAAUUAAGUCCAGUUGGUCCCAGUGCCAUGUCUCUAGUUCAAGUCUUUAGAUGCGGCUCAAGCCAACAGCAUGCUUUUGGCCACCUGGUCUCAAAUGCUUGAGGACAGAUCCAAGCAGAUGCCUACAAAGGAACUGAACAUGGAGCCAUCUGUUCAGUUGGCUAUACUGGAGCCUCAUCUUCCAGAAAGCAUCUCUUCUUUGUUUUUAUUGCUGGUGGGUAGUUCAAAUGAGGCCCCCACAUUUCAAGUGUUUUGAGCUCCAGCCAUUUGAGUGUUAUUUUUUACAUUGUGAGCAGUAAGCUCUGUGUGUUUGUAUUCAAGUAUUUUUUUAACACCAAGAAGCAUGAUUCUAUGGUCAUGGUUCUUUAAAAAUGAAAAAAUGAAGUCAUUUAAAAUCUCUUAAUUAAGUAUUUGAAAUCAGGCAGCUUUAAUGGAAGGAUUAUUCAUUGGUUCUCCUGUAACUGUUAAAAUGGGUAGACAUAAUUUCUUGUUUAAGUAUCAAUACUUCUUGGGAUAGAAAUGGGAACCAUAGUAUUAAAUUGUAUUUGAUUGUAAUUUUUAAAAAUUGACUUAAGUAAUGUAAAAUCAUGAAGUCAUGUUACUAAUAUUUAAUAUAUUGAGAUAAGAUGCAGUAUUGAUUAAUACCCAGAGAUUUAGCAUGGAGGUGGUGAAGGACACAUCAUGUCACCUUCUGUUUCAGCCCAUUCUUUGUUACCUAACCAAAUGUAGAGAAAAGCUGUGCCCGAACUAGUGCACAAAAGCUCCUUGUUGUGUGUCUGAAGGAUAUGACUAAGCAUUGCUUCUCUGGAGUAAAACUACAGUCAAGGUACAUUGCCACACUCAAAAUGCAAACCACAUGUGGAGCAAAUGUUAGUUACUUACUGUAAAUAGUCUGUUUUUCUUUACCUUAGACGUUCUUCACAUGGUGUUGCACUGCUGUUGUUACGUGUAAGGCGUGGAGCACACUAUAAGGUCUAGUAAGGACGAUUGUUGUGUGAAGUGGGAUAUAGUUGUUAUGCUUUGAAUGGAACUGUGAUGGGGAACAAUCAGGUGAAACAGGGUGGAAUGAAGAUGUACGCAAAAGCAACUGUCAGGGUGUGUUGUAUAUAUUCCAUAGGUUCACUCCCAUAUUUGGGUGAAAACCUUGUCAGAGAACAAGUUACACAACUGCAUGAAAAAGCAAAUGUGCUCCUUUUAUGUCAAUGACUCAACACAUGUAAUGUAUCCACUGAUAUGUCCUGUUGUUGGACAUGGGUUUCAUUGCCAAUUUCAGAGGCCCCGUUAUGAAAUGACUGACUAUUUGUGACUUUUUUUUUUCUUUCAAAGAAAGUUUGUUUGCCUUUUAGUUGUACUUGACAUUGGAUUGAUUUGUGUCACAGAAACAGCCUGCACCAGAAUUUCCUCAUUCUGUUAAAAUAGAGGAGUCACCAAAGGGAAUGGACUCCAGAUGUGGACUCCGAACAGAAGCAUAGUUACGGAACAAUCAUGAGCCACUGUUACACCUAGUGUUGGAUGAAACCACGACGGAUGUUAUUUCUCUUUUUUAAUGUAAUAUGUAAAUAUAGACAUUUUACACUGUAGGAUGACAACUGUACAGUUUUGUGUGUGAAGGGGUGGGAGGUAUGGGGGGUGGGUGGGAAGUAGUUUGAAGUUUAAAAGGAACGCUUUUUGUGUUUGGGGUUGAGUAGAGGAGAGAGGACACUUCUUUGCUGACAUACAACGAUAGCAUCCGUGUUAAACCCGGUCUUGAUCUGGUGGAGUUUUCUUUUGGGUUGUUUUUUUAGCACGCCGGGUCCUAGCCCUCGUCUCCCUACUCGUCUGGCAGAAAAGGGGUAUGACUUGACAGCAGCUUGGCAUCUCAUUGGAUGUUUCAGUUGUGCCCAUAUUCUCUACUGUUGCCUGAGUAUUCCCCUAAGUUGUUAAUGUUGGCACUUUCAUCAUUCAUUGAUCUUACUUUUGAUAAGAUUGAACUGAUUGAAAUGGAAGGUUUUUAAAAGAUUUGUUUAAAACUAAUGCAUGCUGCAUGGACAAAACCAUCCCCUGCUAUCCCACUCAUUAGUAAGAAGAAGAAAAAAGAUUCCCACCAUUUAUCCAGAAUAUGUCACUGCCCAUUUUGAUAACUUCUGAGGCAGUUGCUAUGACAACCUGCCCCUAAAGCUUUCUAUUGGACAGUGGAUAGUGGCCUGCCUGGCACCAGUGCCCCAGAGAGAAGUCUCUCCACCACUAGAUUGUUAUCAGCGUUGCAAAUGAACACAUUAAACCACAAGAGUCUACUGUUGGAGUGCAGGUGCCACAGCUCAGCUGGUGCUGUUCAGGUGGCUUUCCUAGACAGCUGCCAUGCACAUGGUCUGUUCUACACACUGACAACGUGUUGGACUCCACUCCACCAUUUGACCCUUAGUCCCUGAUGUCAUGGUGAGUUAAAGCAGGUCUUUGAGAAAUACAGAGGUGUGAGUGCACUGAUCCCUCCAGACAUACAGUAAACAGGUGUAAUUAUAUUUUACUGUCAGAGGGAAGAAAUGCAGAGGUUCUACCACGCUAAAGGAGAACGCUAGUCCUUACCUAGUGUCAGAAAGGCCUGAGGUAGCAUUCUCUUUCUUAAUUUUUUACCAGAGUCGAAUGUCUCACUGAAAACUGUUUUUUUUUUUCUUUCAAGCAUCACCUUCAUCCACUGUCAGCAAAGAGAAAACCAAGUGAAGGAACAGCUAUGACUUUUUGUCACUGUCAGACAGCUUGGAUGUCAAUAAAUAAGCGCUUGCCAAAGUUUGUAAAUGCAAAAAAGCUGGAAAUAA